AUGGGGACGGCCGAGUUCUCUCACCGUGGCGAUGGCGGGAAAGCUAGUACAGCUUGCCCGAUGCCAUCACAUCUGACCCCUGGUGCACAAUUCAACUUCAAUGAUGCAUCUCAGACCUUUGUCGGCGACUUAUCCUUUCACCACUUUAAUAUGAUACUCUCUGGCGCUUGCACAGGUAUCACUUGUUUGGUGAUCUUCAUGGUUAUGGCCCGGCAUGCAAUGCACCUAAGUAACCCAACUCAACAAGUCAAGAUUAUGAGAAUUGCUACAUUAUUCCCAUUAUAUACGAUCUAUUCGUUGCUUUCAGUAUGCUUUCCCAACGCAUAUGUCUAUCUGGUUGGAUGGACCAAAGUUUUCCAAGGGGUUGCCUUGUAUUGGUUUCUCAUGUUGCUCUGCGAUUUUAUUGUGCCAAAUGACCAACACAGAGCUGAGUUCUUCUUAUCUUUGAGAAUUCCAAAGAGAUAUAGCAAAUCCAAAACAACAGAUGGGCUGUCAUGGUUAAAGUAUACGUGGUUUUUCGUUCUGCAGUAUCCCAUUGUUACGUUCAUCCUUGCAAUAGCCCAAAGCAUCACGCAAGCACAGGGAACUUUCUGCCUUGAAGGAAACAAAGUCUAUUUUGCUCACUUGUGGAUCACAAUCAUUUCGAUUAUAUCACUUGCUAUGGCAAUGAUAAAUAUCAUAGGGUUCCACAGCAACCUUAAAUCUUAUAUGGAAGGGCAAAAGCCAAUGAUGAAGCUCUUGGCAUUUAAAAUGGUUGUUGGUCUUGAAUUCUUAGAGCAGAUUAUAUUUAUGGUUCUUGACUCCACUGGCACCCUUGAGCCUUCUGCUACCCUGAGCUAUGCAGACACCAUUAUUGGCUUACCUACCCUGAUUAUCUCUCUGCAGGUGGUUCCGUUUGCAUUUUUAUUCUACUAUGCCUAUUCCAUCAAGCCCUAUACAACAUUGAACGUCAACUGUACUAGCAAUCUGCAGGACCUUGCUGUUGUUGACAGUGAGACCGGCAACCCCCGCGUAAAGCGCUAUCAGGGUGGUCCCUUGGGAGUUUAUGCUUGGCUGGCAUUGUUCAACCCAGGGGAGCUCUUUCGAGACAUCAGAUCGACAUUCAAUAUGUUC